AUGACUGUAAUUGGCACCAAGAGAAAGAGGGGGGCCGAAGACCAGGAGCGGAAUUCGAAACUAAAAUUAAAGUCGAAGUCGAAAUCCACCAAGAAGCCCACCACCGACGACAGCGACGAUGCCGAAGACACUGGAGCAGACAAGAUACUGCGCCUCGAAUCGCAAAUCCUCGAAUCGCGCCGCCACUACAAUAAUAUUGCAACCUUGAUACUACUGGCGGAAGGAAAGCAAGAUCAGCCACCCUCCACGUUGGCAGCUGUAGCUCUCUGUCGAGUCUUCUGCCGAAUGAAGUCUGCUGGGGACAUGAGCAUGAGCAAAAGUACACCGGAGGCAGAGGCAGUUAUUGUAAAAUGGCUUAAGGCCCGGUAUCAAAACUAUGUCGAAGUUCUCCUAGAGUUAUACUUGCAAAACGGAGAGGAAGCCGAGCAGUCAACCGCUGUGACUCUGCUCAUGCGUCUUGUCAAGCAGGAAUUGCAAGAUGAAGACGACAAGGCGGCCAAGAAGACACUCGAGAAGCUGGUCACAAGGCUGUUAUUGCUGCCGGAGGAAAGCUCCGCACGGGACGAGUUCAGCGAGAAGUACCUUCAAGCAUACGACGACAUACGAUUCUACACAUUCGAAGCUAUUGCCUCGAUAUUCUCCUCCCACCAAGACUCUCCCUCUCUCCCGCUCCUCACAACCAACACCCUCACCCUCCUCUCCCCCGUCGCAAACCCCCCCACCAUCCCCUCCUCUAUAAAAUCCUUCCACGGGCCGUCUCCCCCCCAGAAGUCCCGCCUCCUCUCCCCCGCCGCCCACAAAACCACCGCCCAAACUGCCUGGCUCGCCCUCCUCCGCACGCCCCUCACACCGCCCCACCGCAAAACCCUCCUCACCCUGCUCACCCCCUCCAUCCUCCCCUGGUUCACGCGGCCCGAGCUCCUCAUGGACUUCCUGACCGACAGCUACAACGCCGGCGGCUCUAUCUCUCUGCUCGCGCUCUCGGGGCUCUUCUACCUCAUGCGCGAAAAGAACCUCGUCUACCCCUCCUUCUACCCAAAACUCUACUCGCUGCUCGACGCGGACCUCCUGCACUCGAAGCACCGCAGCAAGUUCUUCCGCCUGCUCGACGUCUUCAUGAGCUCGUCCCACCUGCCCGCGGCGCUGGUCGCCAGUUUCAUCAAGCGCCUGUCCCGGCUGUCGCUGCUCGCGCCGCCCGCCGCCAUCGUGGUGGUCGUGCCGUGGGCGUACAACAUGUUCAAGCGGCACCCGGCGUGCACGUUUAUGCUGCACCGCGAGAAGCACGCGGCGGGUUACGUGGAUCCAUUCGACAUGAGCGAGGCGGACCCGAUGAAGACGCGCGCGAUGGAGAGCUCGGUGUGGGAGCUCGAGACGCUGGCGGGCCACUACCACCCGAACGUGGCGACGCUGGCCGGGGUGCUGGGCGAGCAGUUCACGAAGCGGGGGUACGAGGUUGAGGAUUUCUUGGGCAUGGGGUAUGGGACUAUUAUCGAUGCCGAGUUGGCGAAGGACAUCAAGAAAGCGCCGGUGAUUGAGUACGAGAUCCCGCGGCACAUCUUCACGAGCGAGGAGGAAGGGGAGUUGAGCACGUUAGGGACGCUGAUGGGGAAGGUUUUUGAGUCGAGGUAG